AUGAGCGCCGAGAUCUGCGCUUCUCUGCAGGCUGCCGCAAUCCUGACAGGGGAUCGCGAUGCGGAGCUCACAAUUGAGCGUGCACAGCAUACGCGUGGCCAGCCACUCGAAAAUGCGCGCGCGCACGACUCCUUGGCGCAUACGCUGCAGCGGCGCCUCGACGCGUUUGCCACGACGCACGCUUUUUCGUACGCACAUACAGAGCUUGCCGCGCGGGGUGUGUGUGUGCCAUGCGAUACGACUGGCACGCAUGCUCUGCAGCGGACGACGGGGUGGUAUGCCCUGUGGUGCAUCGAAAUGCUGCACACCUCACUCCUGCACACAAGCACGGUAGCCCCAGACAAUCCACAGCCUGCGCCGCAGCUCAGCACACGCAAUCUCGCGAUGCUCAAGCAGCUGAUCUCCAUGUGUUUUGCUUGGCUUAUUGUUCCGCUCACAGACCAGUACGAUACCGCGUAUGCAGAAAUGUACCCCGCCAUGGCGUCUACCAGUAUUGUAGAGCUGCCCACCCAGGACACGGCCGAGCGUACCAUGAUCGACUUGGCGGCUGUUGCGCAUGUGUUUGCGCUUCUUUUUCACAAAGGAACACACGACAUUGCACAUUCUGCACUGCCGCUCAGCAGCACUGCACAGACCGACAUUGCUGUGCUCCUACAGCGUGUCUACUUGGCCGACGUACUCCGCGUUCUCAUCCGACUUGCGUACGGCCCUAGUCCAGAGUCUGGCAAGAAUGUGCGCGAGACGGCGCGCGAGGAAUUGGAUACAGUGCUGGGCGCUUUGCCGACCAUGACGGCACUUGGUGCAUUGCGCAGUGUGCCUUUGCCCAGUGCACUCUCCCAGCGCCGCGAUGCAAAGCGCGCGCCGCGCAUUCCUCCUUUUGUGCGCACCCAGUCAGGGCGUCUAUUGUCCAUGCAGCUGCUCCGGCCCGAAGGCGUGCGCUCGUUGCUGAUCGGAAUGCUCGGCGCAAACGAAAAUGAUAUGCUGAGCGGAGAUAUUGGCGACGAGGUGGACGAAGGAGACACGAGUUUUAUGCGUCUCGACGGCGUCACACGCCUCUUGACUGUGCCGCCCAAGAGCAUGCUUGUGCGUGCAUACUACCUCGAGAUCAUUCCCCACGUCCUCUCCGUGCUGGACCCUGUCGUGCCGCCGGGCGUGACGCCCGUGCAUGGAAUGCAUCGCCGCGCAGCUGCAUUCACGCUCAUGCGCAUGGUCGAGCGCGAUGCGGACGCUGUAGCACAAGCGUUGCACGCGCCGCUGUUUGACGUGCUCGGCAAGGACGCAACGCAAGCGGACGAAGCGCGCGUCGAUCGCGCAUUGCGCCUCCUUGGCGCGGCUGUGCUGCUUGCGCCGCCGUCGCCCGACUUGCUCGAUUUCCUUGUAUCACCGCUUGUUGUGCGCCUGCUUUCCCUCGACACGUUUCUACGCCGCGCCGAUGCGAACCGUGUGGUGCCGGAAAGCGAGCGGAGACACACGACACAGCUGCACGAAGUAGACAAUGUCCUGCAUACGUGGAUUCGCCUGGCGCCGACGCACAGCACUGCGGACGCUUUGAUCCAUGCGGUGGCAGCAAGCCUUGCGCCCACGCAUCCGUUUCAGUGGCAGCUGGGCGCACACGGCGCUGUACUCGUAGAGGGCACGGCCGGUGUGGAACACUUGGAUUUGCAGCGCCUCCUGCAGUACUCUUCCCUUUCACUCGAUCAGUUGUCCAAGCAGCUGAAUGCAGACGAUACGCCGACGCUUCCGACGCACCUUGUCCAGUCGCUAGACUUUUGCAUCGACCCUGCGCGUAUCAGUACACUGCUUCACGAAGGAAAGCGCAUGGACAUCGGAAGCGCUGUAUUGCUAGCGGCGUUGGAGCAGUACGGGCGCACGCAGACGCAGUCUAUGUCGCAUCUGACAGUCGGGGAUACGAGCGUCGCAGAAUUGGAAAGGCGGUCUGUGUACUACCUGCAAAUGGUGGGCCAGCUGUUUGAUGUGUUUGGGCCCAAGCUACUGGAGGGCGACAUCGACCGUGUGCUUCAUUUUAUCGAUUUCGCAUGCUCGACAUGUGCAAAACGCAGCAGUUCCGAGCAGCGGAAUGCAUUGGACACACUGAUGCAUAUUCAGGACGAGGCAAGUAUGGAGGUGCCCGAGCACGAUAAUGAACUGCUCACCACUGCGCUCAACUUGUUUCUCUCACUCCUCGAAGGCCAUCCGGAGCUGACCCUGGCGACGGUCCCGAUGCUGCAAGUCCUGUUGCACAAAAUAGAGCCGAUGCGCGACGCAGCGAGCGAGGAGCUGCGUGCACUAAGCCAAGAAGUUGUCCUCCUCCUCUCUGCACGACACCAGGCGCAGACGACGAUCAAUGCACCGUCGCGACCCAAGUACAUGGACGUAUACCACGAAGCGCUGCAGUAUCUCCAGGAUCCAAUUUUGCCAGUCCGUGCGUAUGGCCUCACGCUGCUUGCGCAGCUUGUCUCGAAGGAUACUGCGCAUCACGGCCAAGUGUACGGCACAGCGCUGGAUCCUGCUCUGCUCCCGGCUAUUUUCGAUUUGUUGGUGCACGCCGUGCAAGACGACGAGAGUUUUUUGUACCUCAAUGCAGUCAAAGGGCUCGCACAAAUGACCGCACACUGGCGCGAAGCGGUGUUGCAGCCAUUGGUCGCGAUCUAUGUCGGCGGCGACAAGUCCAAUAGUCAGCUCGCGCGAGCAUUGCACUAUGGUCAACAACUUACGCAGCGCGAGACAGAUAAGCGACUAAGGAUUGGCGAGGCGCUUCUUCAGGUGCUGCAGUUCUGUGGCGAGGCAAUCGCGCCGAUGUGUACGUUUCCUUCUUUUUCGCCGCGACUGACCUCAGUACCCAUUUUUGUACAGCCUCUGCUCACGGCGGUGCGCAAUCCCAUGUUCUCUGCAUCGCUGCGCAGCUCUUUUAUAUCCAUUCUCGGUACAUGUAUUGAGAUUUUGCCGCUCGCAAUGGCAACGAGUGGCGCGUCGCGGGAAAUAGUGGCGCUCUGCAAGGAUCUCGUCGCGCUGGAAAUGGUGCACAGGCCAGUGCAGCCGUUGAAAAAGUCCAAGGUGUGCGCGCAUGUGUCGGGGAUGGAUACGCACGGCGAUACGGUAAUGCGCCAAGUCGACAGCGACGACUCGGACGACGAGCGUCUUGCACAGAUGGAGCGCGAGCAGCGUGCAGGGAUCGAUACAGAUCCGAAACUGCCGCAGCUACGCCGCUCGGCACUUUUGCUGCUUGCUGUUAUGCUCCGCGCGACACGGCAUCAGCUCGAUGCUUUUAUGGAGGCACAGCGGUCGUGUUCUAUGCAAGGCGCAUCUCUAUCUCAGUUGCGGCUUCCGGGUGGAAGUAUGCUGCCAGAUACGGGCGGUGGGAUCCCGAAGCAAGUGGCUCCACCGACACCGCUUGUUUCCAUGGCCGCUGCACACGGUUUGAUUACGGUAGUUUUGCAUGCUGCACAGGAAGAUGUCGAUGAAGUUGUGCGGCAGCAGGCGCAAGACUGUGUUGAAGAGGAGCGGCUUUUGGAGGCUGCGUAUGCACAAGCGCACAUGGGCGGUGCAUCGCUGCCGUAG